UUCUCUAUGGUUUACACCAGCUGAUUUCCACUAAUUUGUUGUUUCAUAGUUAAAAAAUCGCAAUUUCUCAUGAUGAAUUUGUUAAAUCGAGCUGGUGAACCACCUAAUUACUAUGUAGUGUAAAAGUAAAAGCUAAAAUCAAAUAUAAAAAACAAGGGAAACAAUGAAUCCGCAAUGUUUCUUUAUAAACUUGAACAGGGCUACAAUGAACAAUGCCAACAUGAACAUCGAACAAAAACCUACUGCAGCGAAGGAGAAGCUCAUGUCCUACGAGGAGAAAUCGGUAGGAUCCACCCCAUUUUUCAAAUGCGAAGCCUGUCCUUACAUGGCGCUCGCCGAGGACGAUAUAAAGUUUCACUUGUUCACUGUGCACCCUGACCUAGCCAAGAGCAACGGGCUCGCAGAAAACAUACAGAUCCCAUGUCCGGGCUGCACCAGCAUCUUCGACGCCGAGGAAACUCUGAGAACUCACUUGCGGAACCAUCACAAAAUGGGUAUCAAAGACAUAAAGAAAAUGGUAAAGAGUCUAGUCCAAAUCGCUCUGAAAAACGCCAAAUUAAAAAAAGAAGAAAAGACUAAUGAUACACCACCUCCUCUGCCCAUACAGCAGGUAGUAACAGACAUGAAGAUUCCCCAAGUGAUUGAGAUUAUCCCUGACGCAGUUAAUGCUAACAACCAAUUGCCCGAAGGUGUUGCUUUCAUAUCAGUUGAUGAGCUGAACAAAAUGAGCACUCCAAACUUUGAAAAGGUUGACCCAAAGAAUUUAAUUCAAGAAGCCAGUAUAAAUAUUGUGUACACAAAUGAAGUAUCAACUCAGUAUGUUAAUGUGAGUGAAGCAGGGGCCUCUAGUGCUAGUCAUAAUGUUGUCCAGGUGUCUAACAUUCCCCCAGAUCUGAUAUCAUCAGUGCAGCCAAGGAUAGCAGCUUUGCCAUCUACAAACACGAAUGCUACAAAUUUGCCAUCUCCUAUUUCUAAAACAAAGGAAGAUGGAUUAAUUUCAGAUAGAUCUGCUGAAGUGAAUGACAAUAGCAUAGAAGAGGUAAAAGAAACUGGUGAGGCAUGUCCACUUUGUCCUGUACAUCUUGCAGAUGAGAAGAAUCAAGCGUACCACAGGAAGUGCCAUCAAAAUGGUCACUUGGUGUGUCCAGAAUGUAAGAGAGCUUUUGUGGCGGUUGAUGCUCUUCAUAACCAUUUAUGGAAAAUACAUAACAUAGAUCUGGAACUGCCGACGUGUGAAGUGUGUGGAUUCAAAACAUACAAAAAAUAUAGACUCUUCAAUGUCCAUAUGAAAUGCCAUGGGAAUGUGAAAAACUAUAUUUGCUCAAUAUGUUCAAAACCGUUCAAGAACGCCAAUCAACUGUCGAAGCACAAGCAGAUCCAUCGGAAAGAGAAGAAGCAAUGCUCCGUCUGCAAACUUGAGUUCAGUACUCCGCGCCGCAUGGAGUUACACAUGGCGGCCGUGCACGACAAGCUGCGGCCCUUCAAGUGCUGCCACUGCGACUACACCGCCGCCAGGAAGGCCGAGAUGGCGUUACAUCUGCGCUCGCAUACCGCCUUCUUCUUAGUCGGACACUUGUCAGAGUGGUCGUGGUUGCGCUGA